AUGGCUACGCUCCGGAUUCGCUUUGCACCAUUCCAAAACAAGCACUUGUCCCGACAUGAAAUCCAAGAAACUGGCCCGGGGUCACAAAGUAAGCGGGCUCGUAGUCAUCUGGGCUGUCGAGAGUGCAAGCGACGCCGUGUCAAAUGCGACGAGACGUUCCCCGUAUGCCUGCGGUGCCAGGGCCGUGGGUCGAUAUGUCUCUCAAACGCACCCCAACAGCAAUGGCAGGUCGAAGUUCCAUGGCUGAAGCAAACGCAGAACUGCAGAUCAUCGCUGUUCACCUCCUUAGCUGAUUCCUCAAUCAAUACUCUGCCUUAUAUUGAUCCCAGACUACUUCUCAUGUGGCUCGAUAAGACCAGCCAUAUCAUGGGCCCUAAUACGGCUGAAAAUCCCCUCUCAUAUCCUAUUUUCCAAUACAUCCACCAGUCGCCAGCCUUAGUCCACAUCAUUCAAAGUCUUAGUGCAGGGCACGAGCAUUUCUUCGAGGCGUCGAAGAUCCACCUCAGCCUGGAGCAGCGUUCCCUGGCUAUGCUGUCACUAGCCAAGCAGAUAGAGACAGGCGAAACCCCCAGCACACUACAAUUUCUGACAUGUUGGUUACUGGGGAUAUCGGCCACCUUUAUUGACAAUGACGUGUUCGACAUUGGCAAAGAGCACCUCUUCGCGGCUCGGUCGAUGGUUGACUCGAUCGUAGCACAUCCCGCAUCCGCUCCCACCCCAUUGGAAAAGUACAUCAUCGGCGUGUAUGUCUAUUGGGAUCUGACCUGCUGUACACUUCUCGAUACAGAAGAGCAGCUUCCAUUCAUUCAAUCGACCGUGGCCAUACAACAUUAUAUCUCACAGGUCAGCGUUGAGUCACAUCCUAUUGUCGGGGGCCAUAUCCAGCUAUUCUUACUCCUUGCCAACCUCGGCCGCCAUUGUAAGGCGGUCACGGAAACUGGCUGUAAUAAUCCGAUCCUGGAAGCCUCAUUUGAAAGCUCGCUGAAGAACUGGCCAAUAUCAGACGUUGACACAAUGUGGGAAAAAACUGUAGGCGCUUUUGUCAAACAUGGGCUUGUCAUACUCUACCGUUUAUGCGGCUAUCCCAGUAAUACCGGUCCACCCGAUGGGCAUGCCCCGGAUGCAGAGGAAGAACCAGAAGUAUCCCACCUUUGCAUUGCUGGAAUAGCAAUCGAGGCUGUCAGAACCCUUCUAGAAAUUCCGGUUACGUCUACAUUCAUCUGCUUACAGCCUAUUCCACUGCUAAGUGCCGGCUCUGAACUCUCGAAAGAUGAAUCGGAUCUCCGGCGUCAAGUCGUAGUGCGGUUGGAGGCCAUAUAUUCGUCUAACCGGUUACCUUGCAGUCUCUGGACUAUCCAGCUUUUAACAGAACUUUGGGAGCUACAUGACGCUGGACUAAAUCUCUCCUGGCUGGAUUUGAUGAAUAUGAAAAACUGGAGACUAAGGGUUGGAUAA